AUGCCCGGUGUUUCUGGUAGCGCAGCAGCACAAGAUGAGCGCUACGCAAAAUACUUGAAAGAGGGCCGAUCCGUCGCCUAUCAAGCCCUUGACCAAGACAACGGGCACUAG